AUGAGGAAUCCAUCAGAGUAGAAAUCAAAUAAUAAUAUAUAAUUAAUUAAUGGGUUCCAACAAGGCUGCUAUGGCAUCAACCGCCGCCCUUCUCCUCUCCCUCAACCUCCUCUUUUCCACCAUGAUGGUUACCUCCCAACAAGAACCACCGCCUCCCAUGGCAACUCCUCCACCACCACCACCCUCUACUACUUGUCCCAUCGACACCAUCAGCUCAAGUAGUUGUCUUAGUGCAUUGAACAACACUAUGGGGCUUAUUGGUAGUGGGGCCCCCACAUCAAUCAUCACGGACUGCUGCAACCUCGUCGGCGACCUCGAAGGCACUCUUGGCUCAAGUCAAGCAGCUCAAAUUUGCCUUUGCGCGGCCAUUGGAGUACCUGAACUCAACCUAGCUAUCCAAGUAGCCGCUGCCCUAGGCGACAUCCUCAGUGUCUGCCCCAAUAACCCUCUCGUGGGAUUCCAAUGCACAGCUAAUUAAAAUGAAAAUUCACGUGCAAUCAAUUUCACGUGAAGUUGAUAAUUGAGAAUUAUUAGAUAAAAAUUUAAUUAAAUCAGUCAAAUCAUUUAACAACUCUCAACUAUCAACUUCACGUGAAGUUAACUGCACCUGAGAUUUCACUUUUUCCUAUAUGUUUUAGUUUAAUUCUAGUAAUAAUUAAUAUUAUAUCAUGAUGAUGUGUUGUCUUCUGCAUAUAUAUAUAGUCUUGGACGUAGUAAUCUCCUAAUAAUAUAUCUGCGCAUGCAUAUAUAUUUAUAACUUAUCUAUAGUAUGCCAAAGGAGACUACAUAUUACCAAUAAACGUCCACAUCAAUUAUGAUUUAUGAAGAAUUAUAUAUAAUAAAAUAAUACAGCUUUAUAUAUAUAUUAUGUGCUUUGAAUGUG